AUGGUAACCCAGCGACUUUACAUCUAUCUCAUCGCUCUCAACUCAAGCAGCAAUGCCAGAGAUGUACUAAAAUCGCUACCGGAGCAUCCCAUAAUCAAGGGCAGGCCUCACGGCUGGGUGCAUCGGCCUCACUUGCUCGAUAAGAAUGAACUUCUUGCUCAUGUCUGGGAUCUGUUUCUCGUCACGAAAAAGUCAAAAUUGCCAAACGAGGCUCUCAAACGCAUCAAACAUCAUCUGACCAUCCCCUUCGCGCUGCCGAAAGAUCAAUUCGAGCAGCUCUUAUCGACCUUUGAAUCUCGGCCCAAGGCUUCGGACAGAACACCUCCGUUGCCGGAAGAAUGGCAAAAAGAAGGUAUACCAAAGUCAGCCAUCACCGCCGCGAAAGACGGUCCUCUUGAACCAGGCGAGCUCCACCUCGAUCCAUCCAUGGCCGAAUUCCUGUCUGAUGCUCUGCGUGCCAAACUCGCCAACGAGCCUGUGAGUCUAUUCAACCUGUUCAAAUACAAAGGCAGUAGUGCCAUCCACGAUGACUACAUGGAAGACUUCAAGAAAGGCUUUGGCAGCUCGGCAGGAGCAACAGUGCGGUUCAUGGGUCCUGUGACUGGACCUUCAAGAUAUGGAGAUGAUGGCAAAGCCGAACAAAGCUGGGAUGAUGCAAAUCUCGUUCAGUAUGAUACUAUCUGGCAUUACGCAUACAUGUUAUCGACUGAUUUGUAUGCGCCUAUGAAUGAGAAGAAAAUCUCUGGCUUGGAUGAUACAUGCAUUCUUUGCGUGAGCGAGGUGGAGCUAUGGCAGUAA